AUGUCUUUUCCGAAAAACUUUAAACUAAAUACCGGUGCAAUCAUUCCUAUAUUGGGCUUGCGUACACCGACUAGCAGAACUCCGAACAAAACUUUGGAGGCUACAAAGGCAGGUCUUAUAGGAGGCGCUCGAUACAUUGUGUCCGAAUAUGCGUUAUGGAAUUCUCGUCAUCGUGAUGUUGAGGAUGCAUUUAAUGAGACUUUAUCAAAGCUUGGCGUUGAUUAUCUUGACUUAUACAUAAUGCACUGGCCAAUUGCUUUCAAGUAUAAAAAGCCAGAAACAAGACUUGAAGAUUUAUAUCCAAAACUGCCAGAUACUAGAGAAUUAGAUAUCGAUUCAGAAGUCGAUUUCGUUGACACUUGGAAACAAAUGGAGGCUCUUUUGCCUUCGAAAAAGGUGAAAGCAAUCGGUGUUGCUAACUUUACAAAACCAAAAUUGGAAAGGUUAAUUAAAAAUUCCAAAGUUAUUCCGGCUUUGUUAGAAACGGAAACACAUCCAUAUUUACUUCAGAACAAAAUCCAUGUUAGCGCACAUACUUCAACGGGACUAUCGAAUAGACGUGGGGCAAGCGAGAAAAAGGUUCUUGUCGAUGAUCCUACUAUCAAAAGCAUAGCAGAAAAGAAUGAAAUUUCUCCCUUCAAAUUACUUUCUGCAUGGGCAAUUCAACGCGGUACCACACCUGUUUUGCCCGCGAUUAAUCCCGAAAGAGUCAAUGAAGUUUUUGACCUGAAAGAAUUAACGAAAGAAGAUUUCGAAGAAAUUAGUAAACUUGGGGAAACUCAUACAGAGAGAUAUUUCACUGCCAAUG